AUCUGGAAUGGAUCUCAUUCACAUAAGAAAGGGUUUAAAGGCGAACAUAGACCGAAUCCCUUCUCUUUAUCAGACGACAGGCUUUCCACAGCUUCACACUACUCGUUCAAGGAGAAAGCACAGUAGCACAGUCACUGUAAUAGAACCCCAUUAUCACAGUCUCGACGCUUUUUAUCAUAGGUCAAAAAUAUGGGUCUGGUCGAGUGAACCAUAUGAUGUCUUACUUAUCAUGAGCAACUAGUCCUUUUAUAUGGCGAAUAAACACAUUUGGUAUUAUAUGUGCGAUACUUUUUUCAUAGAUGUUUUCAUGUAUCACAAUUUACGACGACAACCAAUAGGAAACGUGGGGAAUUUUUGAAUAUUUUGAGCGGUGGAUUGAAUGUCCUCCCGGUGUUUAUGUGCAUAUGUUUUGCUUAUACUAAUCUCUUGAUACUUUGUGGCUUUUCUUAUGGAAUAAAAUGUGAUGUCAGAUAGAGGUCUUGAACUUCGUAUCUGGAAAAAUAAAUUAUAUAAUUUGCAGCGCGAAGCACCUACUCCACAUGUUAUCCCUUGUACUCAAGCUUUGAAGCACUGUCCACCUCAGUAUGGUAUUGAGUACCACGGUCCAAUAUCACGUCAACAAACAGAGGAAUUACUUGCUAAUGCUGAAGAUGGAUCAUACCUUAUUAGAGACAGUCAGCGUGCUGAAAAUGCAUACACGUUGGUUAUCUGGUUCGAUAAGGUCGCGAAAAACUUCAAACUUUUUUAUGACCCUGUAAGCAAACAGCAUUAUGUUGGGGAGACCAAGUUCGACACUGUAGAACUGCUUGUCGCUGACGGUCUUAUCCAUUUUUACGUGGAAACGCGUGGUGCAGAUGUUUUAAAAAAGAUUGCGGAAGCUAACAUUUAUGAAAAAACACCAUUUUACAAGGUCCGAUACCACACUUUCAAUGCACAAGCAGUGGAAGCAUGUCUUAACCUAAAGUCAUCUGAAAACAAAUUGAUGACUAAAGAACGUCCUCUACCCUCUCCUUUAAAACAUCUCCAUGCUUCUCAGCGCUAUGCAAAUAAUUCAAAACAACCAUUGGCAACUCGUCGGCAGUCAAUGGAUGCAAGUCAUCUUGAUGGUCAUGUUAAAUCUCAAUCCACUAUCUGUACAAAACCCCUUAUUCGUGAUUGGCCUGAUGAUAAACAUGAAGUUAAAGAUUAUCGUAAUUAUCCGCCAUUAGCGGCUAUUCAACAGUCCGUGUGCAAUUCACCACAACAACAAACUAUUGUUACAGCUAUCCCUCCUUCUAACAUUGAAGUAGGAUUUUCUCAUUUAAGAUUAGGACCACCUCCUGUAGGUAAACACUCCAUUGUAAGCUCUUCACAGUCUUCCUCUGAUGUUGUAUCUUUCACAACACAAACUGUUUCACAUAAUACAAACUUAUACACCAAUUUUCCUGCUUCAGGAUCAAUAUUUUCUGGUCCAAAUUCGUCAUCUAUUAUAUCCUCUGAUCUGCGACCAGUUAAUCAAUCAAUUUCGAAUUUUUCUCCAAUAACACUGAACAAUACAGUGGCUUUUAAAACUGUUCCCUCAAGUGAUCAAUCUCUUCCAGUCGGUUCAACUUUACUUCAAGCACCUCUUGCUACUUGUUUCUCUGGUGAAUCAAGUAGUAUAGGUUCAUGUACAAAUAGUAGCUCUAGUAGUCAAUUAGGUCUACUACCUGGUGUUCAAUCGUAUGAAUUAGAAUCUGAAUUUUCUUCAGAAUCACCUGCUCCAAGACAUACAUCAUCAGGAAGUAAUCUGUAUGAUCAAUAUUUUCCAAAUGGAACUUCUAAAUUGAAUGGAAGUGGAUCAAGUUCAAUUAAACAACAAAGUGAUACAUCCUAUACAACAGAUUCUGAUAAUGCACAAAAUGAUGCUAUGCGUAAUUUACAAGAACGUUAUAAUUUACCGAUUGCUUGUCUACCUGAUCCAUGUACAUUCAUUUCUAAUGUGAAACCACAUAAUUUUAGAAUUCAUACAUAUCGUGGACCUCAUUGGUGUGAUUAUUGUACUCAUUUUAUUUGGGGAUUAGUUGCUCAAGGCAUGAAAUGUAUAGAUUGUGGAUUUCAGGCUCACAAACGAUGCGCCGAUCUUGUCCCGUGUGAUUGUGUACCUGAUAUUAAGCAAAUGAAACGGGUCUUUGGUGUUGAUUUGACUAAUUUAGCAAGAGCUGAAAAUAAGGCUGUGCCAACACUUCUCAUUAAAUGUAUUCAAGAAAUAGAACGUCGUGGUGGAUUAUUCUGUGAAGGUCUUUAUCGUAUCCCUGGAAAUUAUGAUCUAGUCGAAGAAUUACGUAUCGAAUUUGAUAAAGAUCCAGAAUUAGCCAAUAUAUCCGAGGCUCGUGUACGUGAUAUCAAUGCUUUGACAAGUUUGAUUAAAUCAUUUCUACGUCAAUUGCCUGUCCCAUUAAUCACCUAUGAAGCUUAUCCAGAUUUACUUGAUGUUGUUCGUAAUGACCGACUGGUGGAACAAGAAAAGCUUGAUCUAUUGAAAAAGGUGUUUUCUCGAUUACCAGGCGCUCAUUAUGAAAGUUUACGUUACUUUAUCAAUCAUAUACACAGGGUAGCUGAAAAGCAAGAAAUCAAUAUGAUGACUACUGCUAACUUAGCUAUUGUUUUAUCCCCAACAUUAUUAAGUUCAUCGUAUACAGAUCCUAUAAGUUGUUUAGCUGGUACACUAUUUGAACAUGCAUUAAUUGAAUUAUUAAUAAAACAUUGUGCUUAUCUAUUACCACCAAGUGGUCGAUGGUAUACAACACCAAGACCAAAUGAAUUAAUCGAUGGUGUUAUGCAUUCACCAUCACAUCGUCAUAGUCAGAUUAUUACUACUACUAGUUCGAUGACCAGUAUAACACCAAUAACAACAACACCAGCAACAGCAACAUCAGUUCCAGUAUCACCGCCUAGUAUAUCAACUUCAUACAAAAAAUGGAGUUUUUUACGAAGUCGUUCAUCAACAGAUACUCGUCCAAUGCCAACUUUAUCACCAAUACCACCCUAAUGAAUGGGUGAAUGAAUGAAUGAUUUAGGUGAAUAAAUCAAUUUCGAUUAUAUAGAAUAUCACAUCUUCAACUACCUAUUCUUAUUGUUAUUAUUUUUUUCCUGUUUAUACCAAGGUCUCUUUUCUUACACAUUCCAUAAUAGUCUUGGAUGCUUUUAUAAACUUCUUUCUCUUAUCUUAAUUUCAUACAGAUACACGUCGGUGGCAUAGCGGUUAACACGCUUGCCGACCAUGUACAUGGUCCGGGAAUCGAUUCCCCGGCCACCGACGCACUCCUCCUUUACCUCGCUAAGCCAGUAAUAAAACUGGUAAAGAGGAAAGGUUAGGCAUGAGACUAGCAACCUCAUCCUGUAAAAAUAAACACCACCGCUACAGAAACUUCAAGCCUCCAGUUUGAAGCCCUAUGCUCCACUGGGAACGCGUGAAGGAAAACAAAAAACAAACAAUGUAUGAAUAAUUUUCAGGUUUCUUCUCCGUUUCAUUCUAUCCUAUCCUAUCGUAUCUUCGUUUUGUCUUGCCUUUCUGUUUUUAAUCGUGUGAAGGCACUUAAUAAGGGAAAAAAAGCUGAUAACUGUAAAUCUUUUUUUAUUACUACUGUCUUCCGUUAUGUUCAACUUUCUAUGUUACUACUAAUACUUCUACUUCCUUUUUUCGUUUGAAUUUUGAAAUCACAACGAAAACAUUCAAAUAUACAUAUAUAUAUAUACUACUUAUUUUUGAGUUUAUUUAACUCUGAGAAUUAUUGCUGAACUUAUAUUGAUUAUAUAUUUCUGUGUAUGCCUCGUUUCUUCCCUAUUCUUGAGAUGUAUUCAGUCUUUUACUGCAUUCUUCUAUCUAAGAUUGUAUAUCUAUCAUUGAGCAUUCAUCAUCAUAAGAGAUUACCGUCUUACUGUCUUUUUGAUGAAGAUAACUGAUUGAGAAUCAAUAUAUAUCUCCCAUGUUUGUUUGUUUGUUAUAUUAUCACAGUUUGUAUGAAAAAGUAAAACAAGGCAAAUAAAACAAUUUGUACAUAUGCAUAUAUAUACAUACAUUCAAUAUAUAUAUAUAUAUCUGUUUAAUUAUAUGAUCUGUUUUUGUUUCA